AUGUCAUUACUAGUCUUCAGAGCAGCCUCCAGAAGCAGGAGGAGCCCUCCCACCCUCGCUUGUAGCGUCACAUGCAUGUGGUAUAAAAGAGCCCCUUCUCCAGUCUACCACACCUGCUUCAAACAUCUGCUUGAACUCCAUCUGUGUGCUGAAUGAUUCAUUUCAAGCGUCUAUUUUUAAAGCGCUCGGAUGCGGAGCCAUGGGAACGCUUCCUCUUUUCAACGCAGUAGAAUUCCUCGCCUUUUUUUCCCUGACCGGAAGAACUUGAACAACAUGACGACUGCUUCCACUGAUGCCAAACGCCGCUAAUCGACUUCAAUCCAAUAAAAGUGUCAAUGGACUGCCUGAACUUGACCAAUAAGACGGCAGUGGCCCGGCACUUGUAUGGCGCUCAGACCUCGGUACCUCUCACCCUCCUGGUGGGUGUCCUCAUCCUGCUGACCGUCUUCGGCAACGUCAUGGUGGUCAUCGCCGUGACCACAUGCCGUGCCCUCAGAGCCCCCCAGAAUUUAUUCCUGGUCUCUUUGGCGUGCGCCGACAUCCUGGUGGCUACCUCGGUGAUGCCCUUCUCCCUGGCCAAUGAACUGAUGGGUUACUGGUUCUUCGGCAAGGUGUGGUGUGAAAUCUACCUGGCGCUGGAUGUGUUUUUCUGCACGUCUUCCAUCGUCCACCUGUGCGCCAUAAGCCUGGACCGAUACUGGUCCAUCACACGGGCCGUCGAGUACAACUUGAGAAGAACGCCUCGGCGGAUCAAAUGCACCAUCUUGAUUGUUUGGGUGCUGGCGGCCAUUAUCUCCUUCCCGCCGCUGAUCACCAUGAAGAAGGACAAAGGCCAAGAGGACCGACCCGAAUGUAAAAUCAACGACGAGAAGUGGUACAUUGUUUUCUCCAGCACCGCUUCCUUCUUCGCGCCCUGCGCCAUCAUGGUCCUGGUCUACGUGAGGAUCUACCAGGUGGCCAAACAGAGGACAAGAGCCCCGCCGGGUGAAAGGUCACGAGAAAACGGACCCCCGGAGCGUGAGGACGGAGAGGUGAACGGGGAGCUGGCGGACGAAUCAUCAUCGGACGGCUACGAAGUAACCUUGUGUUCUCUGAAGAAGAGGCGACCCGCCCGGACGGCCGAGUGGGGUCGCGAGAAGCCACAGGCCAACACCAGCCGCUGGAAAGGAAGACAGCGCCGAGAGAGACGCUUCACGUUAGUGCUGGCCGUGGUGGUGGGAGUGUUCGUCCUCUGCUGGCUGCCCUUCUUCUUCACGUACACGCUCACGGCCAUGUGCGCCUGCUGCGUGCCCGAGACGCUCUUCAAGAUGUUCUUCUGGUUGGGAUACUGUAACAGCUCCCUCAACCCGCUCAUUUAUACCGUUUUCAAUAACGACUUCCGCAGGUCCUUUAAAAAGAUCCUCUGCAGAAAAACACAUGUUGAUUUAUAAGAGGACACAACUCUGGAAUGUGUGUUGAAAUUUCAACUCAUCGCUACUUAUUGUAUGUUUCAUCCAUCACUGUAAUUUGUUUAGGUUCUCUGGAACUUGUGACUUAAUAGGGAAUAAAUCCGGAAAAAAUAUCUGCAACACCAGAAAAUCCCAGCAACUCAUCCACAAUAUCUUAUCGAAGCUCAAAACCUUCAGGCUUCUGCUAGAAAGCAAAACAAAUGUUAAAAAAAAAACACGAGAAGCUCUGACAUUUAUUUGAGCAUAUUUAGAAAGCUCCUUUGGGGCUGACUCCCAUUUAACAGGAAUUGGAAUUGGUUCAUUUUAAACAGCAUCAUCUCAGUUACACUACGGUGUGCACACUUACGCAACUACAGUGGUUUGCUUUAAGACAUUCGGACAAUAUCUGCAAAAAAAAUUUUUGCCACUCAAUUGUCACAGGCAUUAUUUUUAUUUUAGUUUAAAUCGUCACGGGCUUUAUUUUUUAUUUUACUUCAAUCUACGCAAUAGCAACAAGACUGAUGAUGGCAAAUCUAAUUGAAGCCAAGCGAUGCCACCCUCACUCCUCACUUGUCUUUCCUAGGCCGGAGAUGUUUCGAUGAAGGGAAAAUUAAAGCUAGGGGCUGCGUGGGCGACCACGGAAUCAUUGCAGGCAGCUUAUCAUGAAUUAUUGCCUUCAUAUCAAGAUGUCAUUAAAUCCUCCCCUAGAGUCAAACACAAGAAAUGGAAAUAGGAGUGCCUUCUGCCGAUGACACAAUUAACUCUCAUACACACACACACACACACAAGCUUAUCUGUUUGCUACUAACGUCACCUUUUUCACACGUCAACAAAUAAACAUUUACGAUCCCGCAAAUCUGAAUUAAAGUGAAAAGCGCUUCUCAGUCAAGACGGGGAUGAUUCCCAGGACUCAUGUCGUGGAAAUUUUUUGUUUGAGAUUCCUGUGGUACGCAUGUUUGGACUCAAUCUGGUUGAAGGCUUAAAAUAUGACCGCCAUUAGUCACCGCAAACGGUCAUCAGUGCCGAAUAAAUGUCUCGAUGUUGGAGUUCCCAUGAACAAUACAGAGUGAGAAAGAUUGCGUUUUGACGUGUUGUACUUCACCCUGGUAUGUGAAGCUCAUGCAUGCUAUAUAUAUAUGUUGACACGGGAAACAGCUAUGAUGACACAUGUCAAAAGGAAUUACAUGGUUCAUAACAAAAGUCUACACCCCCUCUUUAAAAAUAAAAGCUUCAUUUGUGAUACGAGUGUUAUAUUUAAUACCCAACUGUGAUAUGUU